ACCACUGUAGCUCUCUCACAAACUUCCAUUAAUAAACCUUCUUCUCUGUAUCGUUUGAUUCUCAUUAAAAUCUCUCUCGAAUUCGUAGUUUUGUUUGAGCUAUCAUUCAGAUUCUGCUCAGAGUUGGUGAUUCUGUUUAAUCAGAUAUUGUAUUCUCUUUGAUCUAUCGCCCCUAGAUUUGUGCGUUUGUUUCCUUUCCCUUGCUGAUCAUUUCCAAUUCUCGGAUUAUGAUCUCGAGGCUUGGAUUUUGUAAUCUGGCAUUUUUGUGGUCUUCUGAAUCCAAUUGCUCACUUAAAGCUGCAAUGACUGAUCAAAGCUUUGCGCUUUUUGGGGUUUCAGGUAAUGGCCACAGAGCCUUUGCACCUGGUGUAUUUGAGUUGACGAUACUGCCCUGUUUUGGAAUUGUUGCAGUGAAAGGAAACUGAAUAUCAAAAACCUUUUUCCCUACGGAGAUUAUUUUCUUUAGCACUGACACUGAGGAGAGGCGACGAGGAAGAUGGCAAAGAUGAUAAACAAGACGCUUGUUCUUACUUAUAUCUACUUGCUGAUCUACAUUAUACUUUCUUCAGGAGUUAUACUGUACAAUAAGUGGGUUUUAUCCCCAAAAUACUUCAACUUUCCACUUCCAAUAACGCUGACAAUGAUCCAUAUGGGGUUUGCUGGAUUCGUGGCUUUCCUUCUUAUUCGCGUGUUCAAGGUUGUAGCUCCGGUUAAAAUGACAUUUGAAAUAUACGCAACCUGUGUGGUACCUAUAAGCGCAUUCUUUGCAUCAAGUCUCUGGUUUGGCAAUACUGCAUAUUUGCACAUUUCUGUUGCCUUCAUUCAGAUGCUCAAAGCACUAAUGCCAGUAGCAACAUUUAUCAUGGCAGUUGUUUGCGGCACUGACAAGCCAAGGUGCGACGUGUUCUCCAACAUGUUGCUGGUCAGUGUUGGAGUUGUGAUAUCCUCUUAUGGGGAAAUUCAUUUCAAUGUAGUUGGCACAGUGUACCAGGUGACAGGCAUCUUUGCUGAAGCACUUAGACUGGUGCUAACUCAAGUUCUUCUCCAGAAGAAGGGUUUGACAUUGAACCCUAUUACCAGCUUGUAUUACAUAGCUCCCUGCAGUUUUGUUUUUCUGGCCUUACCUUGGUAUGUGUUGGAGAAACCCACGAUGGAAGUUGCACAGAUCCAGUUCAACUUCUGGAUAUUUUUUUCCAAUGCUUUAUGUGCUCUUGCCUUGAACUUCUCCAUAUUCUUAGUGAUUGGGAGAACAGGGGCAGUAACCAUCCGGGUGGCAGGUGUUCUCAAAGACUGGAUUCUCAUAGCCCUCUCAACCGUCAUUUUUCCCGAGUCCACAAUCACUGGGCUAAAUAUCACUGGAUAUGCGAUAGCGCUAUGUGGUGUCGUAAUGUACAAUUACAUAAAAGUAAGGGAUGUCAAGGCGUCUCAACCAACUGCUGACAGUCUUCCAGAUCGAAUCAAUAAGGAAUAUAAGAUGGAGAAGAAGUCUUCGGAUAAAUUCAAUCCUAAUGACAGUGGGGAGAUCCCGAGAGUAGGAGCCGAGAUAAACGAUGAGGAAGCCCCUUUGAUCACGUCCCGGUUGUCUCAUAUUGGUAGAACGCAGCUCGGAAAUCACCCUGCUUAAGAUGCUCGGAACGUAUAGUAGACACACUGCUUCCAAAUUCGAUUUUUUGUUACUUAAAAAAAGAAAAUAUUUGAAUCAAAAAAGUAGCUGUAGCACCAUCUUAGAUUGGAUGUCCUCGUGUCUCAGGUGAAAAUCGUGUUUCUCUCUUCGAAAUUCCAUUAUUAUGAAAUAGGAUAGCGGAGAUUUAUAGCCGAUGAUUAGCUUGAAAACGUAAAAGUCCCAAAUUCGUUUGUAGUGAAUUCACGUUAAAGUUAUAUAAUUGUGGUCUUUAUUUUUUCCAUCAUCAAUAAUGUUUGGACUUGUGAGCA